AACAUUAUUUUUUUCUAUAGGAUUGAGUCUGCCUACCACAUGCAACAUGGCAUCUUUUUAUAAAUGGCACAAAACUCCACCAAUUUUAUACAAGAAUGGGAACCCCGUGAAGAGGGUCGGCCGUAAGCCAGGGAAGGAGCCGGUUCAAUACAGGCUGCGGUUCCCCCCCUAUCUCAAGGAUUCUGUCUCUGGGAAGCAGGAGAAGAAAAUGGAUGCUGUGUGCAUUCAGGAGAUGACAGUGAUGAUGGCAUGCCUCAAGAAGAAUGAAUUUAAGGAGUCUGGAUGUGCACCUGAAAUUUCUGCUUUCAAGAAGUGCUUGGUAGAUGCACAG